AUGCGCAUCAAACGUUGCUGCCGUAGCCCCAGAGCAGCCGCAGCACACCUCUCCGAACCUGCGAUGUUUUCCCUCAUCUAAGCUCCAAUCUGCGCCACAUUCGCACAAGAUGAGGCGGCCUCGCUCCUGACUGUGUCCGGAUGUGGUGAGGAAGCCUGGGCUCAUAUGUCUGUAGGAUCCCUGACAUGCUGGCCUGUCUGCCGGCCUCUGCACACUCUGCCUCCUCUCUUCUGUGCCUGCAGAUGAACACUGGACCUCCGAGAUGGGAAACCACUCAGAAGAUGAGAUCUCCGACCUACCCCAGCCCUGCAGAGUUGGACGCGUAUGCUAAGAAAGUUGCCAACAGCCCUCUGACAAUCCAAAUCUUCCCCAACAGCAUCAAAGUCCCUCAGAGGAAACACGUCCGGCGCACUGUCAACGGUCUUGACACGUCCUCUCAGCGCCACAGCCCCUACUCCUCUCAGCUAAGCACCAGUGCAGGCCUUCUGGCUGUGCUCAGAGCUCCUGUCAAGCAGCAACCCACUACUCGCGCCCGGACCCUGCAGAAAGCAGCCAUGAACCUCCACAGUGGUCCCUAUGGCCCUCAGGGCAGUCUGAACAGCACUCACAUGCAGGGCCCUUCACAGCAGCCCCCUCUCACACAUCCUAUGGGCCUCCAGCAGACCCCUCAGACCAUUCCUCAGACCUUACCACAGACUGUGCAGCAUCCCCCAACCCUGCAGCACAGGGGCCUGUCCCACCCAGGGCCCCUGCAGCGGCAGCAGAGCCUGUCCCAUCUCCAGACGAGCCAGAGGCCGGCCUACCCUCAUGGCCUCCAGAGGCAGCAGAGUGUGCCCCUGCCCCAGCAGUGUGCCCCCCCAACUCAGCAAGCACCACAGCUGCACACACUCAGGCACCAUGGCACCGCUCCUCCUCACACGGCCCUCCAUAAUGUCCCUCACAAUGUCCCCCACAACGUUCUAGUCACCCCAUCCCAGGAGCUCCACCACAUGCCUCAGCUCAACAUGGCACACCAGACUCAAACUAUGACCACUGUAAGACCAUCCAGUCACCCCCCAGGAGGGCCACAGCCUGGACCCCAUGGACCCCCCCAUCCAAGGCCACAUGGACAACACCAAGGCCAAACAGCACCUCAACCACGGGGGCUACACCCAGGCCAAACAGCACCUCAACCAGGAGGACCGCAUCCAGGUCUCCCAGCACCUCAACCAGGAGGACUACACACCGGCCAGACAGCACCUCAACCAGGAGGACUACACCCAGGCCAAACAGCACCUCAACCUGGAGGACUACACCCAGGCCAAACAGCACCUCAACCUGGAGGACUACACCCAGGUCCUCCCGGAGGACCUCAACAGGGUCCUCCUAGAGGACCCCAAGCUGGAGUGUCUGGAGGACUACAACCUUGCCCCUCAGGAGGUCCACAGCAGGGUCCCCCCAGAGCACCGCACCCAGACCCACCUGAGGGAACUCCUUUCGUGGGUGACACUACUCAGCAGCCUCCCCAGGGUCACUACGGGCCUCGUAAACUACCAGAUGCAGAUGCCCCUCCAAAUGUGACUGUGUCUACCUCUACCAUCCCUCUGUCCAUGGCGGCCAGCCUGCACCAGAACCGCCAUGGGGACUUAAGCAGCAUUGUUCUGCAGAUAAACCAGCUGUGCCAGGCUCGUGCUGGCAUGGGCGGUACAUCUGUGUGUGAGGGUCAGAUUGCCAACCCCAGCCCCAUCAGCCGCAACCUGCUGAUCAAUGCCAGCUCUAGAGUGGCCCACCCCUCGGCCCCGGGUUCAGCCAACAGCUUCCAUGUGGGGGGAAGUCUGGACAAAGCCCCCGGUCACCCCGCUGGGCCCUCUCUGCACGCUCAGCACAACAUGAAUGCUCCUAAUGGACUGCAGAGCUUUCAUAGUGAGCCCGAUAAGGCCCAGAGCCUCCUUCAGCGCUCCUGGGCCCAGCACCAGCUGGCCCACAUGCAGCAGCCUCCAGAGGGGGCCCAUCCCUGUAAGACCCCUCGUCUGGAGCCUCCUGCCGACUGUGGCUUUGGCCCUGCUCAGAACCUCAACUAUCCCCACAAAGUGCCCGGUUCUGCCCAGUCUUUCCCCCUCAAACACCAGGACAAAACCCGCUCGUCGCCUCCUCGCUGCUCUGGGGGCUCUCUGCCUUACAUGGAGGCUCAGUACUUGCAGCAUCCCUGGGGCCCGCCUCAGGAAGGGCCAGGUUUUCAGGGCCCCCGACAGGGCCCCUCAGAUAGGUUUCCCGGGCAAAAAUACAAACCAGGGAAGGAGGACCCUGGUGUUCAGCCCAAGCUGAUGCCCAAUCUGGAUUUCCUGCCAGGGAACUUCCAGAUGCCACGUUUUGGGGACCAGAGCUUGGACGUGCGUGGCCCCGGGCAGGAGCCCGGCCCUGGGGGGCCUCUGCACGGACAUCACCCUGGGUACAGAUGAAUGCAGACUACUUGGACGAGCUCAGGGUGGAAUCUGAAGUCUCUGAGGCAGUGAGCAGCAGAGCUCUGCGCCUGCUCCUCCAUCAUACUUUCUUUUCAUCAGAACAGUCAUGUUUGCUUCACCCAGCACAAAGCUUUGUCUCCGAUCAUUUCCACAGACGUGAGUGCACUAAACAGGAGCAGGUCGUGUGUCUGUGGCCUUCCUCUGCUCAGCGCCUCAGGAGUGGUGCACUACUGUUGGCCUUUGUGCAGUCUCUGUUUUCUGACCUAUGGAGCCUCUGAUGCAGUGACUAUUGGAAUAUAACCCAUCUGCGGGUGUUUUGUUUCACUGUGUAAAUCGUGGGGGAAAGACAGACUGAUCACUGCAUCUUCUAUAUUCAGAAAAAGCCUUAAAUCUGGAUUAUCCUGCUGAAAAACUACUUGAGAUUCCUGAUAACAUAGUAUUGAAACUUUACAAUUACUGACUGGGCUGCACAGUGUUUUUCUCUCAACUUCGAGGUUGAGGGUUCAAUGCCUGGGCUCUGGACUCGUUAUGACCCCUGUUACUGUGAGUCCUCUCCUCCUCCUCCCACCAAAGACUGCCUCAGGCUUGUAGGGGGACAGGAAAACACUUCAAAAUGGAGACGUUUCUGGAGACGAGUGAAUUUCGCAGCGCCAGAACUGCAGUUUUUAUGCUUGAUUACCCUGACUAAGAAUGUCCAAAUACUGCGCUUUCUUUCCAGUAGGAGGACUCGAGCAGGACUUGGCAUGAACAAGUUAACUGGUCAAAUAUUGAUACAAAAUUAAUAAUAAAAAAAAAAAAUUAACAAAAUGGUACAAUUUAUUCUAACUAUCUAAACCAUUUUUUUAAAUAUUUGAUUUUAAAGAUCACUGUUUAGGCUUAAAACUAAAUUUAACUUAAUUCUUUUUUUUUUCUUUUGCAGAAGUAUGCUACAUUUAAAAUUGUACAGAAAAUUUGGUUGUUUGAUUGCUGGUCAUUCCUGCCUUCGAGUCCUCUAGUGUAUCCUACAUGUGCACACUUCAUAUUUGAGUUCCAUUUUGUUGUUUUGAAGGAGUUUUUUUUUUUUGGUUGGACAUACACUUUUCACCUGCAUGUGCUGUGACAUAAUAUUUCUACAAAAUAGGGCUGGGUACCGCUUACAUUUUUUUUCUGCGCUGAGUAAACUAUAACUUAGUUUAUCCCACUGCUACGUGAAUACUACCAUUUUUGAUACAAGUGCAGUGUAAUUCAGGGUCUAUCACUCUAACACAACAGUGAUUAUGAACAUAUUUAAGAAAAUCUAAGAGCAGGAUACUGUAAAUGGGAAAUCCAAAUUAUUUAAUCUCAUUUAUGUUUUUUUUUUUUUAACAAUUAUAAUAUGGAAAUCCUCAAAUGUGCAAAGUGUUUUAACACAUUUUUGAUAAAUAGCUGUAAAUGUACCGUAUUUUCCACACUAUUAGGCGCUCUGGAUUAAAAGAUGCACUGUCAUUAAAUCUAUUUCUAUUUUCGAACUUUUUUCACAAAUAAACCGCAGCGGAAUUUAAAGGAAACACAACAGUUGGAUGGGUCAGUGGUUUUGUUCAGUUGUGGCGUGUAGGGAGGGUGCUGUCUGGGCGUGUCUGUUGGCGUUGUUCGCAGUGACUCAGUUGUGUCUAGAAGUGGCACACUGCAGUCUCUUUUUCGGUUCGUUCCUCGUCUGUGUGGAGUGAUGAGUGUGGCUGCCGGUGUGUGUCGUCGCGUGGUCGCUGUCUGCUCCGUGUGUGUUUGCGUGUUCUGCAGGUGGUGCGGUUUUGUAGUUUAUUGAAGUCGUGCUGGGACACCCGAGUGGAUUCGUGAAUUGGGCGCUCUGGAUUGUGACGCGCGCGGUCGUUUUUUGAUGGGGUUGGAGGUUUAUGAAGCACGCCCUAUAGUGCGGAAAAUACGGUAUGUCUAGUUUGAGUUUCAAGCAUCAUACAGACUUUAAUUAAUUUUAAAGCUAACUAUAAAAAUCCAAAAAUAUAACUUUACUCUGCAAGAAAUAAUAUCUAGGUCAAAUUAAAUCUACUUCAGUUUUAAAAAUUCAAAUUAUUUUUUUGUUUUAAAGUGCAGAGUUGUCAGAAAUUUACUUCAAUUGAGAAUUUCAGUCACUGUUGCUCAGAAGGUUAUUUUUUUAUUUUUAUUCAUCAGCUCUUUUUACAGCAUUUUACAACAUUCUAAUUUAGCAUAUCUCUAAAACCAUAAUGUGAAAUCUUUUUUUUUUUUUUUUUAAGUUUAUCUGCUUACAGAUAUCACUUUUAUACAGUACAAGAAUUGAAUGAUUUACGGUAGCCAGCCCUGCUCCCACUGUGCAUUAAUACUACAUACUGAUGAUGUACUGGAUGAAUGAGUACAAGUGAGAGUCAAGGUAAAAUGUUCUUCUACUGAAAGCCAUUGUUUGUGUGCACUGCAAGAAAGGAAUAUUCAAUUUUGAUAUAAUAUAACAACUUGAAUUCUCAAAAUAAUGAGAUUUGUAUUUUAAAGGGCCCAUAUUACGCUAUUUUCUAUCUUUGUUAUAAUGUUUUUUCCUCAUCACAAGCAGACCUGGAGUUCUUUGUUUUAUUCACACAUAUUUGACACAAACUGCAGAUUUAGCCUGAGGUACAGGAAGUGCUCCACUGUGUUUUUAAACUCCAAACACCUUCGCUUGAAUCAUUUGGAUCAUUUCUGCCCUGGAAUUGCCGAUCUGUACUGAACUAAAAGUAGAAUGUAGCUGUUCACUGGAGAACUACCACUACAUGACAUCACAAGGUGGAUCCGGCUUUUUGAGUUCCGUCAACGAUAUGGAUACUAUGACUAAGCAUCUGCCGAUAUCCGAUACAAACCAAUAUCUGUGUAGGGAUGGAAAAUGGCACCUGAAAACGCACUUAACUUAUUACACGAGAGAUCCAAUUCUGUCAUGUAACUGUUAUUUACCCUUCCAAUAAUUACUGAACAGUUUUGUAUGAAUAAAAGUUCAGACGUCCUCGCUCAAAAUCAGCCUGUAAAUAGACUUAUUAAGGCCCAACUGGGAUAUCAGCUGAACCAAUAUCAUGAAACCGAUCCUGAUACCAUUAUUGGUGCACACCUACAUAAUUCAAACAUGUGUGGAUAUAAUAAAAUACGAGUCAUAUGUAUGUUUUUGAUGAGGUAACAACAUAACAACAUUAUAACACUUUGUAAUAGUCAAUUUUGCGUAAUAUAGUACCUUUAAUUAAGCCUACAUUUAAUUUUGCAUACAAUAAGAUAAAUAAUGUAAUAAAAAUGGCAAAAAAGCACUGUAUAAAUUAUGUAACGCUGCAGAAAUGAUCAGAAUUUUGAGGCAUUUUAAAUCAAGUUGAUAUUCCUUUUAGCAGAGAGACUUUAAGGUGUGGAUGUGUGUAGCUAUUUUUUUUGUUUUGUUUUAAAUAUCUUCAGAUUUUAUCAACUUUUAUUUAUUGUUGGACCACUGCAUUCUGGGGCCACACGUGCAGAAGGUGUUCUGCUGAAGUGCUUUAACCUGAAGUUUUUCUCUAAUACUUUUUUGACGAACUUUAUAUUUUUUGGUUCCUGCUCAUUGUACUUGACGUUAGUGUCAGUUAUUUUUUUGUCGUUAUCCUUGUUGAUGUGCCUGCCCCGUUUAAAGCUGCUAGAAAAUGGAAUCUUAAGCCACGGUCCUUUGCUGUGCGUCAGAGGGCUGCACCAUAUGACAAAAAAACUUGUUUUAAUUUACCGUUUUGACACUGGUAAAGCUGAAUUCAAUUAAAACAAAAUUGUAUAUUCUGUUAUUUAUUAGUCAAAUGGCAUCAAAAUGAGAAAGGUUGAACCAGAAUAAAACUGGGACCAAAUUAAAAUGUUAGAACUGUUAAA